AUGUCGUGGCGCAACCAAGGCAUCACAGGCUCCAAUAACAUCCCUCUUGGGACGCGCCGUCGGUUCGGAGGUGACAGCAAUGGGGACUCGCAAGAUGGGCCUGCCGUGAACUCUUCUGCCUACGGAGACAGAGAUUCCGGCAAACGCGGGCGCAGUCCUGCCAGAGCCGGAACCGAUGGCGCGGACGGUGCAAAGAGGCGUAGGAAGAGAAACCGAUGGGGUGAAGCUGGCGAGAACAAAGCAGCUGGCCUCAUGGGCCUUCCUACAAUGAUCCAGGCCAACAUGACAGCCGAACAACUCGAGGCAUAUACUUUACAUCUUCGGGUUGAAGAGAUUAGCCAAAAGCUGAGGAUCAACGAUGUCGUUCCCGCGGAAACUGACAGGUCGCCAUCGCCCCCGCCCCAAUAUGACAACUUUGGUCGCCGUGUGAACACUCGGGAGUUCCGCUAUCGCAAGCGUCUCGAGGAUGAGCGACACAAGCUGAUAGAAAAGGCCAUGAAAACCAUUCCCAACUACCAUCCACCCUCGGAUUACAGGCGGCCCACCAAGACACAGGAAAAGGUUUACGUGCCGGUCAACGACUAUCCCGAGAUUAACUUUAUUGGGCUACUCAUUGGGCCCCGUGGCAACACGUUGAAGAAGAUGGAAACCGAAUCGGGGGCCAAAAUUGCCAUUCGAGGCAAAGGCUCCGUCAAGGAAGGCAAAGGACGCUCUGAUGCUGCUCAUACUAGCAACCAGGAAGAAGACCUACACUGUCUCAUCAUGGCCGACACGGAAGAGAAAGUCAACAAAGCCAAGGCUCUGAUCCACAAUGUCAUCGAAACCGCCGCCUCCAUUCCGGAAGGUCAAAACGAACUCAAGAGAAACCAGCUCCGCGAACUUGCGGCGCUCAACGGAACUCUCCGUGACGAUGAAAACCAAGCAUGUCAGAACUGUGGUCAAAUUGGGCAUCGAAAGUAUGAUUGCCCUGAGCAGCGCAACUUCACUGCCAACAUCAUCUGUCGAGUCUGUGGCAAUGCCGGCCACAUGGCUAGGGAUUGCCCAGAUAGACAGCGUGGUACCGACUCGCGCAAUAACAUCCCAGGAGGAUACGGCGGUCCUCAGCGACGACUUGGUCCUGCCGAUGCCGUGGACAGAGAAAUGGAGAAUCUCAUGCAAGAACUUUCCGGUAAUCCAUCUGGCAACGGGCCAGCAGGCCGUAUCGAAGCUGGGCCAGGCGGUUACGAGCAAGGAGAUUCAUAUGGCGGCGCCCCCUCUGGUGGGGAUUCACGACCGUGGGCACGACAACCUACUGGCGCUCCGGCCCCCUGGCAGCGAGAGCGACCUGAGCGUGACUACGGUGGUCGAGACGGCGGGGCAUCAAACCCCCCUUGGGCCCAGAGUCGUGGUGGUGAGAGUCACGCAGGGUACGGAUCGGCUCCAGGCCAUGAAGCACCACCGUGGCAACAACAGGCUCCUGUUGCACAGCCUUACGCAUACGGUGGCUAUCCUGGAUAUGAUGCUCAGGCAGGCUACGGUGUUCCACCACCUCCAGCAGCUCCUCCUGGCCUGAGCACUUUCCUGCAGCAGUUCGGCAAUGCUCCACCGCCGCCACCAGACACCCAAGCUCCCCCACCGCCACCGGAUGUGCAACCUCCACCACCACCUGGUAUGGGUGAAUACAUCCCACCCCCACCACCAUCAGCAUGA